AUGGGUAUGUCGAUCGACCAUCGGUCCCUCCCGGGCAUCUUCCAACCCCGCCGGACACUGAAGGUUAUUGGCAUCGGCGCCGGGGCAUCGGGUCUGCUCUUGGCCUACAAGCUGCAGAAGCACUUCGACGACUUCUCCCUCCAGUUGUUAGAGAAGAACCCGGAAGUCAGCGGCACAUGGUACGAGAAUAAAUAUCCAGGCUGCGCCUGCGAUGUUCCGAGCCAUAAUUACACGUGGAGCUUCGAGCCCAAGACUGACUGGAGCGCCAACUACGCCAGUUCCAAGGAGAUCUUCCAGUACUUUAAGGACUUCAGCACCAAGUACGGCCUUGGCAAAUACAUAGAGUUCAACCAGCAAGUCAUCAGCGCGACGUGGGACGAGGCGGCCGCCGAGUGGCAUGUGACCGCCAAGAACGUCGUGACGGGCGAGCUGAAGAUCGCCUCCGCGCACGUCCUCGUCAAUGCCGGGGGCAUCCUGAACGCGUGGCGAUACCCGCCCAUCCCGGGCAUCGACACCUUCAAGGGCCCCCUGGUCCACUCGGCCGCAUGGCCCGAGGACCUCGACCUCAGCGGCAAGGUCGUCGGCCUGAUCGGGAACGGGUCUUCGGGCAUCCAGAUCCUCCCCGCCAUCAAGAGCCAGGUGAAGGAGCUCGUGACCUUCAUACGCGAGGCCACCUGGGUCGCCCCGCCGCUCGGGGAGUCAUAUCAGCUCUACUCAGAAGAGGAGAAGAAGCGCUUCGCGACAGAUCCGGCGUACCACGUGGAGAGGAGGAAGAAGGCCGAAGCCAGAGCCAACGGCAGCUUCGCCCUCUUUCACGCGGGCUCGACGGAGCAGGCCCAGGUCAGGGCCUACAUGGAGGACCGGAUGAAGAGCAAGUUGAACAACCCGGAGCUCGAGAAGGUGCUGAUCCCCGACUGGGCCGUGGGCUGCCGGCGACUGACACCGGGGACAAACUACCUGGAGUCGCUGAGCGACGAGAACGUCAAGGUCGUGUUUGGAGAGAUCACGCAGAUCACGGAGACGGGCGUCAUCUGCGACGACGGAAAGGGAGAGUAUCCCAUCGACGUCCUCAUUUGCGCCACCGGGUUCGACACGACUUUCAAGCCGCGGUUUCCGCUCGUGGGCCGAGACGGAGAGUCAUUAACCACCUUGUGGAAGGAUGAACCGAAAGCCUAUUUAGGAAUCGCCGCCGACAGGUUCCCCAACUACUUCCUCACUCUCGGGCCCAAUUGCCCCAUCGGCAACGGUCCGGUCCUGAUUGCGAUCGAGGCCGAGGUGGAGUACAUCAUCAAGAUGCUCUCCAAGUUCCAGAAGGAGAACAUUCGUUCAUUCGAUGUCAAGUCCGAGGCCGUGAAGGACUUCAAUGACUGGAAGGACAUGUUCAUGGAUGACACCAUUUGGACUGAGGCUUGCCGGUCCUGGUAUAAAGCCGGGUCAGCGUCUGGACAGAUCCUCGCUCUGUGGCCGGGUUCGACACUGCAUUACCUCGAGGCGCUAAAGGAACCUCGCUGGGAGGACUGGUCGUUCACGUACCCGACGAAGAAUCGGUUCAUUUACCUCGGCAACGGACACAGCAGUGCCGAGACCCUCGACGGGGACCUGAGCUAUUACAUCCGCAACUCGGACGACGCUCCCGUCGAUCCUAUCUUGAAGCGGAGCGGCAGGAAGGGAACACCUGCCGCAAGCGGGACUCCUGUUGACAGCACCAAGGCCAAGUCUACUCCUUACUUGUGA